GGUAGCGGCGGCGGCCUGAGUGCGGGCUGUGUGUGUGUGUGUGUGUGUGUGUGUGCGCGCGCGCGUGGAGCUGCCGAGCGAUGGGGAAGCAUCGGAAAGUGAAAGAUGUGGAUGCGAGUCGCCCUGGCCGCCGGAAGGAGCAGCGGGACAGGGUGCUGAAGAAAAGCAACAUGAAGCCCAAAAAUAUUGAUGAACAGGAAAUUCCAUACAAAGUCCGUGAGAUAAUGAGGAGUAAGGAGAAAAUGAUGAAGCAGAUGAAUAAGCGGAAGAGAAAACCUGAAAAGCCAGAAAAGAAGCCUGCUUCAAUGGGCUCAGCUCUCCAUGGAGACAUACCAGUUCCAAAGUUUAAGAGGCGGAAACGAGAGUCUGAGAGAGCCUACAUUAAGCGCAUGGAGGAGGAAACGCAGCAUGUAAUGUUCAUGACCAAAAAUCAACGAACCCGUUGUCCUGAGUUAGAUGACGAGGAGGAAGAAAAGGCAAGCAGUGUGAAAUCAAAAUCUGAAAAAAAGAAAGAGUUUGACAAGAAGCGGUUGGGAAAAUUUAUUAGAAAGAGAGCUGAAAGAAAGGAGAUGAAACUGGAGAAAGAAAUGUUUACAGAUACUGUGAGAUUUGGAGAAGUGGUCAUGCAGCCCCCAACCCUCACAGCUAAACCCAGGAAAAGCCAAGAAACUGACCAGCCUGGCCAGAGACAGUUACUUCUGAAAUCUCUGAUUCAGCAGAGCAAGUGCACUGCAGAAAGGAAAAAGGAGGGGACCCAAUGUAGUGAACAGUUCACCAUGUCGAUGGCUCGUCAGAGGAUGAUGUUGGAGGAGCGGGAGAGGGUCAUUAAGGCCUACAGAACCCUGAAGAAGCAGAAACAACAAACUUUGUCCCAGAAUAAAAACAGCAUGGAAAAGCUGAAAAAUCCUAAAUAGGGAUAGUUUCAGAAUGGUACCCUUUGAGGCACUAAUUCAGGGGUGUGCAGGUACUGUUGAGGACUGAAUCCCCAUUGAUCUGUUAUUUCAUGACGAGCCAUUUGUUGGAAAGCUGCAUGCACUAAUAUAUACCAUGCAGUAUAAGCUCUAGGCUAUGUCCUAUUCACCAGUGAAGAUAUUCAUUUUUGAAGCUAAACAUUUAUAUCUAAUUCUCAACAUAACUGACUGCAAUCGGUGAAGCCAUAUGGUUUAGAAAUCAAUAAUGAUGAUACCAGGAUGUCUUAAAUGAAGGCUAUUCAAAAUGUGCUGGUAUGCUUGAUGUGCUCUUCAGUUGGUUGCUAUGAAGUGCUUCUGAACUGUCUUCCUGUAACCCAGUUUCUGGCUUUUUAUUGAAUCUGUUCUUUUUAGCCUGUUGUAGAGUUACACAUUUAGAGCGAUCAAGUCAGUGCUGUCAGUCUUUACAGGAAUAGAAUUGUGGUUAAGUGCCUCUCUUCUAUAUUAAAAAAAACAGAAGUUUUGAAAAAUGUUAGUGGCUAUUGUGAAUUGAGGGAAAGUUGUUUUAUAUUCUGUAACUGCCCCGAACAUGACCUGUGCCCAGUACUGUCAUGUGUAGCCUAUUCACCUCUCACAGCUCCAUGCUGGUUACCACUCUGAUCUGCCAAACAUGCUUGUUAGUCAUGUUCUAUGGACUGUUAGGCAGCUGGCUGGAAGAGUGGUCCACCUGGCCACACACAUUGUGCUUAACUUUGCUAUUUGUGAGAAAAUUUGCAGGUCUUCCACGUUUUGAGAAUAACCAUUGUGGUCUGCUCUGUUUAGCAAAAGGGUGCCUGUAACAGUUUCUAAUGAAGCUUUGAGGUGGGUGUACAAAGUCCUCUGAUAAAACCUGCUGGUAAAAUCUGGAUAAUCCCUCUAAACUUUGUGAGUACCUAGGAUUUGUAUUAAGGUGAAUGAUUUAUAUUUUAUUAAACAGUAACUACCUAUAAA